CUUUCCUUUGGACUCCUGCCGUCCAUCUCUUUUAUACUUCUUCCUAGCCUGCGCUGGAUCAGUCUGUGCCUCUCCUCCAUCUUACUCGCCAAGAAGUGUAAAUUUAGCUGUGUCCUGAAGGAAGAGAAAAGGCUGGAGUGAAAAUGGGUUCAGAGACAUUCCUGGAGGUGAUAUUGGCCAUUCUCCUACCACCGGUUGGUGUCUUUCUUCGAUAUGGAUGUGGGCAGGUGGAAUUCUGGAUAGACUUGUUGUUAACGCUGCUUGGGUACAUUCCUGGUAUAGUAUACGCCAUUUAUGUCCUUGUGGGAUAGCAGCAGCAGCAGCAGAAAAAAGGCUUAAAGAGAAAGAGAUCUGGGGAGUUCUUGGCUCCUGUCUUAGAUUCCAUUCUAUGUUUUGGUGUAAUUUAGGAUGUUGUUGCAGGGGUUUUGGUGUCUCAUACUAUUUUUCUAUAAUUUUGUACGGUUAAUUACAGUGGUACAGCUUUUCUCCUUCUAGGAUUCAGAUCUCCAUUUGUUCAACCAUAUUCAGUUCC